CAGUUGUUGUGCGGGCAUAUGUUUGCGCAGAUCAGCAGGUGCUGCCUCUAAAAUAAAGAGACUGAGCGGGAGUCGAGCCCGACGAAGCAUCGACGCAGAUCUGAGGGGAAACUUAAUUUGGGAAUCUUAUUUCCAGGAUGCGCUGACGGACGCGUUAGGCAUGCUCGUGGCGACCGGGAGGAACAGAUAAACUUCACCAGCUGUAUUCGCUCCUUCAACCGACAUGGCUCUUUUCGUAUCUGGAGGGGCCGUGUUCACCAUCAUCCUUUUUUGCAGGUUGUUAGAGAGCUCCAUGCUCAACGCAGAAGUGAAGGAGGGGGAGAUUCUACCUCCUACCAUUCACAAGUUGAUGAAAGGAUACAACAAGUACCUGAGGCCUUUCUUUGACAAUGGUCCGGUAACGGUGGGCAUGAGUCUGGAUAUCGCCAGCAUUGACACCAUCUCAGAGAUAAAUAUGGACUACACGGCCACCAUCUUCCUCCGCCAGCGCUGGACCGACGAGCGCUUGGUGUUUGAGGGAAACAAGAGCCUGAGCCUGGACGGGCGGCUCGUCGAGCUCCUCUGGGUCCCGGACACAUUUAUCGUCGACUCCAAGAAAUCCUUCCUCCAUGAUAUCACCGUGGAGAACAGGCUGAUCCGCAUCUUCCCCAACGGGACGGUCCUGUACGCGUUGAGGAUCACCACCACGGUGGCGUGCAACAUGGAUCUGACCAAGUAUCCCAUGGACAGGCAGACGUGCACAUUGCAACUGGAGAGCUGGGGCUACAACAUCAAUGACGUUAUGUUCUACUGGACCAGAGGAAACGAGUCUGUCAGCGGUCUGGACACCCUUCAGUUGGCUCAGUACACGUUAGAGGACCACUACACAUCUGCCUCGGAGGCCGUCUAUGAAACCGGCAAAUAUCCCAAACUAGUUUUCCACUUUGAGCUGAAGAGGAGCAUUCUGUAUUUCAUCCUGGAGACGUACGUUCCCUCCAGUCUGCUGGUGGUGCUGUCGUGGGUUUCCUUCUGGAUCUCCCUGUCCUCUGUUCCAGCACGUAUUUGCAUAGGGGUGACAACGGUGCUUACCAUGACCACGCUCAUGAUGGGAGCCCGGACGUCACUGCCCAACGCCAACUGCUUCAUCAAGGCCAUCGACGUCUACUUGGGAAUCUGCUUUAGUUUCAUUUUCGGAGCGCUUAUUGAGUAUGCUGUGGCUCACUUCUGCAUCCUGACUCACAGUGAUGCUCACAUGCUCAUGUACGGCCACCACAUGCACGACAUGGAUGAUGAAAUAAACGGCAUCCUCACCACCAUUUCAAGGCACCCCAACCGAGCCAAGAGACGCAAGGAGCCUGCGGUCACGCCUCCCGCAGUUCCCGCCGCGACGGAACUGGCCGUCCGCCCCUCCAGCCCCGCGGGCAGCGAGCCCAAGCCCGAGCCGUCACCCCCGGAACCAACCCACUGGUGCAUCACCGCUCUGUCCAUCCUCCGCAAACUCAUCGGCUAUAUAAGAUGCUGCCACGUGGAGAACCCUCACCACAUAGACAACUACUCCAGAGUCACUUUCCCCCUUUCUUUUGUCAUGGUCAACUUUCUCUACUGGACAUAUUAUCUGUACUUCUAGUAUUUGCUUGAGUGUCCCGGAGAGAGCGUGAAAUAGAGACUGUUUGUGGACAAAAAGGUGUAUUUUACUGUAGUUAUGUACAGGAAGUGUUAACUCAAUGUGUUGUGAGUUGGAUUUCUACAAUUUCUACAUUUGGAUUUAUGACUCAAGUAGCAUACUCAAACGAAGGUUGAUACCGUAUUUUCUGGACUAUAAGCCGAUACUUUUUACGUAGGUUUUCAACCGUGCGGCUUAUACAAAGGCUAUUCUGUGGAUUUUUCUUCCACCGCUCGGGGCGCUCUAACCGGAAUUAGAAUCAAAACUCAAAACAAAAUAAAUGCAAAGUUGCUGCCGUGUUAAAAGACACUGUUAGGAAAGGAUCUAUUUAGGUACAAACAUGUACAUCAUUUACAGUUCAAAAUCCUUCUGUACAUGUAGUAAAUAUCUAAUCUAACAACAUAAAUAUCUGUGGCUUGCAUAUGUUUUUUUUUAAAUAGAGCGGAUACGGUUUAUAUGCAGGUGCGGCUUGUAUUCCAGAAAAAUACGGUCAUUAUUUUUUUUCUCAUCAGCUUGAUUCGGUUUGUUAAUUAACUUUAAUUGCAAUUCAGGCCUUGCUACAAAUUUGAAAAAAAAAAAAAAACAGACAGCACAGUUUUCGUUAUAAUAGCCAAUGCUUCUCACAACAUUUGUGACAUUGUGAUCAGAUGGUUGAAGUGUUAUCCCGUCCUUUUCUUCCUGCAAACCCCUCUCAAGGUGUGCAACAAUAGCAGGCCUCAACACAUGCAGGACUGCAUUACAUACACUGCUCUUCAUCGUCCACGCAUUUGCAGUAUGUGCAGAAUGUGGUUUUGCAUUGUCCUGUUGAAAAAUGCAUGUUGAGUCCCUGGAACAGACGCCGGUUUGAUGGCAGCUCUGGAAUCUCAACAUGCUUUUCUGCAUUAAUGCUUGCAGCACAGUCGUACUUUCAUCGUACCAUCGCAGUCGGUCUUUAAGACUUUAAUGGCUUGGAUGGCCCUUUUCAUCUUUCACUUAGAGCAGGGGUCGGCAACCCGCGGCUCCAGAGCUGCAUGCGGCUCUUUAGCGCCGCCCUAGUGGCUCCUGGAGCUUUUUCAAAAAUGU